AUGAUUCAACGCCUAUUCGCUCGGCACUGUUGUGCCCUUCUUGCGCUUUCAAGUCGCACACUAACUCAAUCAUCUAAAAAUCCCUUUGGGGGCCUCGCGUCGAACCAAACGAGCUUGGCUAACGCAGAUGCCCAUGCAGGUGUCUCUGACACGUUCAACGUAGCUUUACAUGAUCCAUCAGUAGCACUCAGCACCCCGGGGACAGAGAUCGGCAUAAAUUGCCCGGCGGGAGUAAGAUGGAAUGAACAAUACGCACGAAACCUAACGAUGAAAGGCCCAACGGACGAAGAAACAGAACAAGCAUGGAUUUGUUCUUACCUGGCCCGACACCCCGACCAGACACUUUGGGAAUUAUUUACCACCACGCUUGAUCAAGACUUAGAAAAAUGGAAACAUGGCCCAAACCCAGCGGAGAAAGCGGCAGACGGUGUUGUUCACUUUACGGCGGAAGUUCUCAAAGAUCUUAUUGAGAUGAUGUGGGCCGCCUUCAAGUGGAUCGUGAAGUUUCCUUUUGAAUACAAAAAGGAAUGGAAGCAAGUCAAAGACCUGGGUGCCGAGUUGUGGGAUGGGAGCAAAAUAGCAGCGCAUCUUUUUUACGAAAGCCCAAUAAAUGGACUCAAAGCCAUCACUGGUGGAUUAUUUUUACAUCUCUUGUUGCAUCCGGAGGAAUUUACAGCGGAGUCAAUCCUGCUAGUUACUGCUGGAUUCAAAGUGAUUCAUCUUUUAAUUGAUGGCGUUGAGGCGAUUGCCGGUAGCUUACCACCAAUAGUGGGCAAUACAUUGAUGAGUGUUCUAUGGUUCAUCCAUUCGUUGGACGAUCCGCUUUUGAUCCUCACACCAAUUUUCACGAACACGGCACAAGCUCUCCAAGCGGGGAAAGGGACUCUAUUAUUGGAUGGAUCAAGUGAAGACGAGGGUGGAUUUACGUCGGACGAUGGAAGUAAAUUAGUCACUCUACCCGCCAGCACAAUUAUCCCAGCCUCAAAACAAUGCCCACUCUUACCACCGGAUCUGGGCGCGCCACCCUUAACAUUUGGUAACUUAUGUCUAAGCCCAGACACGUCCAAAGUUCGAGAAAUCAUCUUUGGUACUUCAAAGCCAUCCCACGAGUUUACUGGUGAAGAACGAAUAGAAGCCUUCAACCACGUCCAAAAGUUCUGGUGUUGCUACGGCGAUAAUGGAACCAAUAAAAUUCCCCUUCCCGAGGCAAUCUUGCAGGGUGUUCCGGGUAGAGAGCAGUGGGAAGGUAAAACAUUCUGGAAAUCUGUUGAUAUUGAUUGCCAAAAAAUCCUCAACGAAAACCCCAGACCUUCCAGUGGUAGAUUAACUAUUGCAUUGUAA